AAUUCAUGCUCGAACAUACCACCACCCAACACCAGAAAGCGAUGUGAAAUGAAUACUGAUGGGUGCCUCCGACUCCAAACUCGUCUUCAAGCAAGGCAUCUUCCGCCUUUCCGAGCAGAAGGGCAUUCGCGCAGAUGAUCCCUACUGGACAGGUUUCUGGGAGCUACCAGAGUCUGCAGAGGACGUCUUCUCCCUCUUCUCGCCCGCCGACAUCCGCCGGACCAGAGACAACCACCUUGAAAACCUCGAAACCCUCAUCCUAGCCGUCACAUCCAAGUUGAUUGCUCUCCGCAAUCACCCCUCGUUCCCAGACCCCGAACUUGCGCCAGAGAAGGAUGCAUUAAACUGCAUACGGGUCCUAACGCGACUACUACCCUAUGUUUAUGAAGCGGAUCACCUAGCGGCAUGGGAAGACAGAUUCUUUUGGGGAGCCAGACGCAAGCGUAGCAGGCGGGGACAGUUGGCUCGGUCAGAGGUCAUAUUCGAUGAGGCAGAUCCAGAACAAACCCCGACGCAAGAUGAGCCUGAGUUUGAGGAUGUCAAACCUUUGGCGGAAGAGCUUCUCGAUACGCUCAUUGAUUUGCUCUUCUUCUCGGAGUUCACGUUGCCCAAGUCUGCACCCGGAAAGGGCAAUGCUACCUAUGCGAUAUGGCAAAGCGGAGUAGGCUGUAAUACACCGGUUAGCACUACGAAAGAGUUUGAGAACAACAGAACGGAAAUCCUGCGGUUAUUACUCACUUUCGCAAGCAAAUCGAUGUAUAUGUCAGCGAAUGUGCUGCCAGUCAUUGGAGUCAAAGCAAUCACCUACCUCACUAAGUGCUCAGACAAGCAAGUCGUCUUGUCCGUGCUUUGCUCGCUUCUCAAUACAACUCUGAAAUACAACCCCGCGUCAUGGCGCGUCCCAUACGACCACGUCGUAUUCAAAGAUCCUAAGCAAGUGCUUGUUCAGUACUGCCUGCAACUGCUUCUGGUCUUGGUCCUUUACCCUAUUCCAGAACCUGGCAAUGGCCCCCCGCCGAAGAAUUUCUUCCGUCAUUUCCUCGGUAGGCUUCACCGACCACAGGAUUUUCAAUUCUUGGUAGAUGGAAUGACUAGAAUUCUCAAUCAGCCACUACAAGCAACAACUUCAUACCUACCAGGAAGCCAAAAGUCAUUGACUUGGGCACCAGAGAUGAUUAUGCUAUUUUGGGAAGCCCUGCAAUGUAAUAAGCGGUUCCGGUCGUUCAUCAUCGACACAGAUCGCGCUCACGACUUCGUCGUGUUGGUAUUGUUUUAUGCCAUCGACCAGCGGAAUGAUCCUUCCAAACAAGGUCUCAUCAGGAUGUGUGUAUUCGUUCUUCAGACCUUGAGCGUGGAGCCCAAUUUUGGGAGGAGCUUAAACAAGCCAUUUGAGGGACAGGAAACGCUCCCAGCUAGUAUCAGGGUCCCUAAUUUCCACGGCACAUAUGCCGAUUACCUUAUCACAUCUAUCUAUACAUUACUCACGACCAGCAAAGGAAAGCUGGACGCGAUUUACCCAGCUCUCUUGGCGAUCAUCAACAAUAUCGCCGCAUACAUAGAGGAUAUGGGUAGAGCUACCAGCUCAAAGCUGUUGCAACUUUUUGCAUCAAUGUCAUCCCCAAGUUUCUUGUUGGCCAACGAGGGGAACCAUUUAUUGCUUCAAUCAUUGUUGGAGGCGUUGAAUGCCAUAAUUGAGCACCAGUACUCGAAAAACGCCAACCUGAUUUAUUCCAUAUUGCGCUCAAAGAAGCGGUUCCAGGCCCUGCGCGACUUCACGCUGGAAAGUGCCCAAGAGGAGAUUGAGCGUCAAAACCAGCUGAAAAAGGAGCAAGGUGAGGGUGGCAUUGCCAGACGCGCAGAUUCGAUGGACAGCUUGAGGAGCCCGGUCAGCGCGAGAGCGCCAUCUUUGAGCAACGUGCCAGAAGAGAAUAGCGCGUUCGCCAUAGGAGAUGACGAAGACUCUGACGACGAAGGCCACCAUUCAGCUCCUCUGUCGCAAUCACCUGAGCAAUCCGGCAUGGCCUCAAGGACAGCGUCUGUUUCCUCUUCAGUCGAUGAUGCCGUUCCCCUGCAACUUCGCGGCAUGUCAGAGAAAGCUCGGGGCAAGAUGCCCGUGGGCCACCCAUCCUUCUCCCGGCAGAACAGCACCACAAGUCUUGCUAGCGUCUCGACGCCGGUUCUUGGCUCGAAUGAGUUCUUCACCCCCACAGCUCCCUGGAUCGAAUCCUGGCUAGUCGACUUGCCACUCCACACCAUCCUGACCCUAAUUGCCGAGCUGGGCCCCCAGCUCCCGGCAUCGGCAGGCACUGCCGACAGCACCGCCACAGCCCUAUCCGCAAUCCGCCACGCGCGUGUCCGCGGCAUCGACCCCGCGCCCAUCCGCGUCCACCUCUUCGAGUGGUCGCCGCUGAGCCUGGGCUGGUACGAGUCGCUGCUGUGGGGCUUCGUGUUUGCGGGCGAGAUGCUGGUCGCCAAGGGCACGGCGGGCGUCUGGAACGGGACCGCAAUCCGCCUCUUCAAGGUGCAGGAGACCGCUGCGCAGACGCCCACACUUCUGGCCCCGCGCGGUGCAGUCGAUGCGGUAGGUAGCAAUCUGGUGCAGAGGAUUGGAAGCCUCAAUUUGAGGGGCGCGGCCACUCAGGGCGCGCCGCGGGGGGCUGGCAGCGGCGCUGUGGGGGGUGGCAAUGGGGCAGGCGGUGCUGGUGCGGUGAGAGACGUGUAGAACAAGAGCGGAACUAGUCCCGGGCGUGUGGCCAGAAGGCGGUAUGGCGGGAAGCUUAAUGGCAGGAAAGCUAGGGCGUGCAAUGAGGCAACGCGCCAGGGAUGCGACAGGGCCGCUUUCUUGCAACGAAAUGGAACGGGGAGUUUAUUUUAGAGUGUAGCUCGGCGUUGAUUGGUGCGUGUGGUCCUGCAGCUUAAAAUCCAACCUGCCCUGUUUUCCAGCCA